AUCACGUCCGCAGCCUAGCAGCAGAAACGACGGGCGUAAACAAAGCGGACCUCCACAAGCUAAGUGGACAAAAUGUUGCUUUCGGUGAAAUAGUCACUGGAAAUCAUAGUUUUUUUCCCCCGUUUUUUUCUCACGUCUUUACGGAGUUAAUCUCCCAGCCAGCGUCGGAAGGAGUCUCUGUUCGCAGAGACGCUAACAAAUUAGCCUCCUGCUAGCUGGGUUAGCUUCGGUAAACCUUAGUCAUGUUGAAUAACUCGGAAUAUGUUAAGGGCAAUGACACGGUGAGUUAGCUCACAGUGAUGCAGCGAGUGAUUUAAAGAGCCGUUGAUCUGGAUAGCUAGAUAGAGGAUCUCCCUCCAUCAUUUCCUCCCGGAUAGAUGGCCACCUAAGGAACCGCCGCGAUCUGGAGGUGGACUGAGAUGUUCAGCUUGAUGGCGAACUGCUGCAGCUGGCUAAAACGGUGGAGAGAGCCUGCCAGGAAAGUGACCCUGGUGAUGGUGGGCCUGGAUAAUGCGGGAAAGACGGCGGCGGUGCGAGGAAUACAGGGAGAGAAUCCGCAGGACUUGGCUCCCACUGUAGGCUUCUCCAAGGUGGACCUGAAGCAGGGAAAGUUUGAGGUGACCAUCUUUGACCUUGGAGGUGGGAAGAGGAUCCGGGACAUCUGGAAGAACUACUACUCGGAGUCCCACGGCGUGGUGUUUGUGGUGGACUCCAGCGACGUGCAGCGGAUCCAGGAGACGCGGGAGACCAUGGCGCAGGUCCUUCAGCACCCGCGCAUCGCUGGGAAACCCGUGCUGGUACUUGCCAACAAACAAGACCUGGAAGGAGCGCUGGCUGAAGCAGACAUCAUUGAGAACCUGUCGCUAGAAAAGCUUGUUAACGAAAACAAGUGUCUCUGUCAGAUUGAACCAUGCUCUGCCAUUUUAGGCUGUGGAAAAAAGGUGGACAAGUCCAUCAAGAAAGGCCUGAGCUGGCUCCUCAGCAACAUAGCCAAAGACUACGAGGCCAUUGCUGAACGCGUGCAGAAGGACACGGCGGAGCAGCGCGCUCUGGAGGAGCAGGACAAGAAGGAGAGGGCCGAAAGAGUGAGACGGAUACGAGAGGAGAGAGAACGGCUGGAGAGGGAGGAGGCAGAGCAAGAAGGAAGGCCUGUCCAGGAAGAGGAAGCUGAUAACGAGAGCAUACAGAGCCCCUUCCAGCCCAUCGGAAACCUGAUCUCCAAGAAAGAAGAGCAAGAGCCUGAGAGGAAGGAGCAAAUAGAGCUUCAGGAAGACAGGAGCAACGGUCCGAAGGAGAGCUUGGAGAACGAGGAAGAAGAGUUUGAGGAAGAAAUUGCUGGAGAGCCCAAUCACACGAGACCAACACCAGAAAACACACCUUUAGCAGGUGAGCAGAGCAAGAAGAAGUCGAGCAAGCUGCACCUAAAGAGGAAACACAGGGUAGACCCGCUGAGGACGGACGAAGGGCCAGCAGAGAGCCCCACACCGCCGCCUCCACCUGUGGGAUGGGCCACUCCCAAAGUCUCCAGGCUGCCCAAACUAGAGCCUCUGGGAGACUCUGGACAUUCUGAUUUUUACAAGAAGCCCCUCCCACCGCUGGUGAACAGGUCACGGCCUAACGGCGACUCCCAGGACGUCAUCUCAUAAAGCUCCUAUAAUGACUGACUGAGGUCAGCCGGCCUCCAAUCACAGCUCUCUUCUGUGCUUUUUGUCUGAAGCGAAUGGCGUGGAGACAACCAAACCAAAUGGAACGACCGGUGCGGGUACCGCUGAGGGAAGGGUGUUGGCUCAGAGCGCUGGGGAGUGACGUCCCUACACUGAUGCUGAUCUUUCAUUAAAAAAAAAAACUAAGCUUGAGGCUAAACCUGCUUGAACUGU